AUGAGACGCGGAAACAGCAGGACGGCGGUGGCGGUGGCGGGGGCGAUGGUGGUGAUAUUUGAUGGUAGUGAAUAUGGUGGUGGUGGUAGUAUGGUAGUGGUGGUGGGGGGUAGUAUGGGGGUGGAUGAGUUGCCAGUAACCAAAGCAGAAGGAGUGGUGUAUGUAGGGAGAGGGAGAGUAGAAACACCACCGUCUUUAAUGGACAUUAUGGGAACGACAGCUUGUGGUGACUCAGGUGGUUGUGGUGUUUUUGGUGACUGUUGUGGCUGUGGUGACUAUGGUGGUUGUGGUGUUGGUGACGGUUGUGGCUGUGGUGACUAUGGUGGUUGUGGUGCUUUGGUGACUGUGGUGGCUGUGGUGCUUGUAAUGACAGUGAGGGAGUGUAUUUCAAUUCAUAUUGGCCAAGCUGGCGUACAAACCGGUAAUUCCACGUGGGAACUCUUCUGUUUGGAGCACGGCAUUCAACCCGAUGGAUUCAUUAGUCCCACUAAAAAAGCCACCGAAAAAGACUGUCGAGAUGACGUCUUCAAUGUCUUCUAUAAAGAAACGGCCGCGGGAAAACAAGUUCCCCGAGCAUUGAUGGUUGAUCUGGAACCAUCUGUGUCCAGUGGCGUAGUAGAGCCCUAUAAUACAGUAUUAACAACUCACUGCACGAUGGACAACACAGACUGCACAUUUAUGGUGGACAACGAAGCCAUAUACGAUUUGUGUGUGCAAAAAUUGAAUAUAGGGGCUCCCACGUACUUGAACCUUAAUCGCAUCAUUGGCCAGGUUGUAUCAUCAAUAACGGCGUCAUUGCGUUUUGAUGGAACUCUGAACGUCGACUUGACAGAUUUCCAAACAAACUUGGUGCCGUACCCCAGAAUCCAUUUCCCCUUGGCAACGUAUGCACCGAUCGUCUCCGUGGAGAAAGCGAACCACGAGCAAAUGUCCGUGGCAGACAUUACGGCCGCCUGCUUUGAGCCCGUCCAUCACUUGGUCAAGUGCGACGCCCGCCUUGGCAAGUACAUGGCGUGCUGCCUGCUCUACAGAGGCAACGUGGUGCCCAAGGACAUCAAUGCAGCGAUAGCCACCAUCAAAAAGAAGAAGUGCAUCAACUUUGUCGACUGGUGCCCCACUGGCUUUAAGGUUUAUAGGUCUAGUGACCUAAGAGGUGGAGCAAGAGAAUACUGCCGAGGCAUGACAGAGAAGGAGAAGGAUUUUUGUCGCCGAAUUUUAUUUUAG